UCAAUGGACGCUGCCUUCAGUAGUGACCUACUAACACAGAUCCAUGAGGCAGCAGUUACUCCGGCAAGGAAAACGCGCAGGAAGAAAAGAAGUCUUUAUCAUAUGAGAUUUUAUUACAGAUGAUUAAGCUGUUCUCUUCGAUUUUGGAUGUUUUUAUGUUCACUGUUUAAGUUGGACGCUCUAAAUGGACCCGUGACAAUAAGAGAUUUUUAAAGAAAUUCCAGUGCUUCUCUGGACCUGUAUUUAUAAAGAGGACACAUGACUUCAAAAAGUGCUGUGUUUAGAAUGAGAUCCAUAUUUAAUACCGGCAUCUACUUUUGAGCUGAAGCAGAUGACAACAUUGUGUAAUAUGCAGGCCGUUAAAAAGGAGCCCUCGUGCAGUGGGCACUACACUGGAGAGGAUGCCUUGGUGCUGGCAGUGGCUUUACAAGGGGCAGACAGGGACCUGAUUAAUCACAAUCUGUCCAGUCUGCCAUUUAAAACCAAGUCUACCACUUGUCGCAGAAAACGUGAGUUUAUACCAAAUGAGAGAAAAGAUAACCUAUACUGGGAGAGAAGGCGCAAAAACAAUGAAGCAGCUAAGCGCUCACGUGAAAAACGUCGUCUCAAUGAUAUGGUGUUGGAGAAUAAGCUCAUGGCCCUUGGGGAAGAGAAUGCAUCCCUGAAAGCUGAGUUGCUGUCACUUAAACUCAGGUUUGGCUUGGUGAGCUCUGCAGCUUAUGCCCAGGAGGUGCAGAAAAUUUCAAGUUCAACUGCUGCACUCUACCAGGACGUUGUCCCUCCCAGUGCCAAGGGUAACUACCCAAGAGUAGGGGAACCAGCCCAUCUGCGCGGCGGCUGCAUAUCGGUCAUCAAGCACUCGCCUCACAUUGCCUUAUGUGAAGGAUCUGACUCUGGCAUGCUGACCCAUGAAUGCCCCCUUAUGAAUUUCCCCAGAUCCCCUGAUAUCAUCAAACAAGAACCCCUGAAAACCUGCAGUUAUGCCAAAGACAGGACUAGUCCAUAUGAACUGUACAGAAGCUGCCUUAGUAGUCCUUUCCCUGGAAUCUUUUCCCAGCCGUCUCCAUUAUUGCAAAACACCAGAUCGACUAGCAGUUCACCACGAAUGUCAGAUGGUGACGAUGGCGCUGUAAGCAAGUCCUCAGAUGGAGAGGAUGAACAACAGGUCCCAAAAGGUCCAAUUCCACCCAAGCCUGACUCAAAGAGUGUAAUAGUCUCUACCCUCAAGGUGCCAGAUGCAAGCGCUUCAGCUUUGCCUCAUAAAUUGAGGAUCAAGGCCCGGGCCAUCCAGAUUAAAGUGGAGGCUAUAGAUCCCGAUUACGAAUCGUCCAGCAAAUUACCCUCUACCAUUGACAUGUCUGCAAAUGAAUGCUUUCAAAUGAGUCAGUAUGCUACCCAUGAGUAUAUGCAGUCAUCUCUAAGCCCGUUGUCCCUGCAGGUGACCAGUGUUCAGGAAUGGAACCGCCAGCCUAAGGUAUGGCACAAAGGUCACCAGGAGGCACCAGAUGACCUCAAGCACUGGCCCUGUCCAGACUCACCAGGACCUGUGCAUAACAGACUAUUUGUUGACCCUAAAAAUGACUUAUAUUCUAACUCUGAAUCUGAGAACUUGCACUUGAAACAAGGCAUUGCUGAUUUGUCAGCAGAAGUUGCCUCUUUAAAAAGAUUGAUCAUAGAACGGCAGGGGUCUGUUAUUGAGUCUACAGAAAGCACUACCGAACUGAACUUAUUAUCGAAAGGUUUCUCAGACUAAGUUCCCUCUAUUUGCACAAUGCCUAUUUUCCACUGUGUUUGCUACUGCACUGUGAGGUUCUUAUUUUGUGAAAAAUCUGCACUUCAUUGAGAGGAAUGGUAUUUGGUGCACUUACUGUUGUAGUUUGGUGUGUUUUUAAUGGCUGUAUCUGUACCACAGAAGGCAAAAAUCUGGUUACUGUUAAUGCAAAAUUAAUGUUAACUUGUUAACAUUUAUUGUACAUUGUAUGUUCUGUUUUGUUUAAAAUAAAUGUUAACACUGAAAUAUUCUUGUCUUUGUCCUCACACAUCUAGCUAAUUACCAUGAAUUGGAGUAAAGUCAGACUAUUAUAAAAGAUUUCAAAGUCUUCCUAAUAUAUUCGACAGCUUUAUGCGAAAAACAAAUGCAUAUAUGAAGAUAUUUAAGGUCACAAAAACUGAAUGGUGUGGUGCUCGCAAAGUUAAUGCACUGGAGUAGCUGUUAAUUAAUCACAUCAUACACACAAAGGACACACACACAAUAACUGUAUUUUAAACAUCUGAUUAAAAAGUUUCAGUAAACCGCUGAAUGAAUGCAAUACACGAUGUGCCUAGAAUAUACAAGAUCCAUGAGAAGAUGCUUUAAGCACGUUAUCCUGCACCCCGGAAAUGCAAAAAGUACAGGAGGAUUCAAGUGCAUCAUUCUUCUCCCAGGAUGCGCAUAAGUACUAUUGUGCCACUCAGCACUGAUGUCUUUCAUGUUGUGAUAGUUUUGCGCAAUUAAGUAAAAAUGUACUUGGACUAUUUGUAAGCUCUGAAUUCAAGCCACAGUACACAGUGAAGCAUGGAGGUGCAAGCAUCAUGAUAUGGGCAUGUUUCUCCUACU